GGAAGCUUCUAUGCCGCCCCAUUCGCCGAAGCCUCGGGGCGGACUCACGCGAGUUCGCGUCUCCGCGGUCGGGUGGCACUGCGGGCUCCUUUCUCCGUUUGCUUAUUGCCUUUUCUGGCUUGGAAACUUGCAGAUUUGUGGGUCUGAGGCUGAAAAGAAAUAAUUAUUCCUGACUUUUCUAGUGAUGCCGCUUCUCCGUUGGUGAAGCUGUUAACGUUGUUCCUUGCUCUCUCCCAUAUUAUGUCUCACCUGCCCCCAUUCGCUAAACUGCGAUCUUAUAUAUGCGCUUAGCGGAGAGUACAACCCCAUGAAUAGCGGGGCUUACUUUUGAGUGGGGCUUAGUUUACAGUAGACAAGAUAUAGGCUUGCACAAUGUUCUGUUUGGCAUAGAUACUGAAAGCCUUGAUACAAAGCAGUAUUUGAAUGCGAUGAGGGAUGCAUUUGUGAUGGCUUUUCUUAAUAGUUGCUGCACUAACCUUCAUAACCUUUUCCUCUUUUUUCUUUUAAUCAGCACUCUGAAAAAGAAAACCCUAAACUGAAGAUCUUAUUUUUAAAAAGUAAAGAAUGAAGGUAUUGAAUUGUCUGUUUAAAAAUUACCUAGCCUUUGAAAAAACAUGGGCAAAGAUGUUCCGGUUACCAAAAUCAAGGACAGUUCCAGUAAUUAGUUGUCCACAGUGUAGACAUCUUGUGACAAAAAGCAGAACCCCGAUCAAAUACGCUUCAUUUUCAGAAGUUCUACAGUUAGAAAAAAAGCAGUUUACUGGAAUCACAUUCCCUCUUGAAGAUCUGGCAAGGUUUAUAGCCCCUGAUGUGGAUACUUUGUGCUUUCGAAUGUUCUCUCCUAGCCAUGAAGACAUCAGCAGGGCAGAGAGGUUGUUCAUUCCAUCACGCACACAUCUCAUUGAUUAUUUCACUUCUGCUGUCAGGAUGGAUCAUGUUCCACAACAGUCACAGCCAGAGGUUUGCUUUAUAGGACAAAGUAAUGUUGGAAAAUCCUCCUUAAUAAAAGCCUUGUUUUCAUUGGCCCCCAAUGUUGAAGUCAAAGUUUCAAAAACUCCGGGUCAUACUAAGAAAAUGAAUUUCUUCCAAGUGGGAACAUUCUUUACUUUGGUGGAUAUGCCAGGCUAUGGUUACAAAGCACCCAAAGAUUUUGCAGAGAUGGUGGAGCCUUACUUAUAUCAGCGUCAGACUUUGAAACAAACAUUCUUAUUAGUGGAUGGUGUAAAAGGGAUUCAAGAAAUGGACAACAUUGCUGUUAAUAUGUUGGAAGAAUUUGGGAUCCCUUAUGUUAUUGUAUUAACCAAAAUUGACAAAGCACCAAAAGGUGUGAUGGCAAAAAACGUGCUACAGAUUCAGGACUUCAUAAAGAAUAAAACACAAGGGUGCUUUCCUCAACUUUUUCCUGUCAGUUCUUUGUAUUAUUCUGGAAUCCAUGUUCUUAGAUGCUUUAUAGCACAUGUUACUGGAUAUCUUACCGUAACCACUGGAUGAUAUUUCAAGCUCAGAAUCAUCACAGCUGAUCUCCAUGUUGUAAAUUGUUCUUCUGCUUAAAGAGAUAAAGUAUUUCUUGCUUUGCAUACUUCUUUAGUUUUUUCUAAAUAAUUUGGAUGCAAUAAAUGCUAAUUCAAUGAAUUAAACAGCUUCAGUUUUAGUGUUA